CAGCUACUCUUUCUUUAUUUCAUUAUUUUCAUUAAUUUCUGAUUUUGCACGGUUAAAAGUCGCAUUGUUAUUUUUUUGUUUCAUGUGGAGGUCGUACAUAUGAGGCAUGUGUUCCUUAGAGAGAACCGUGUUAAAAAAUGAAAAUACCCUCAAUGUCCUCUGAUUAUUAUCUGUGGAUAAGCAGUUAAUAAAUAAAUUAUUACAGAAAAAGGUUCUAGAAGUUCUAAAGAGUCCAGCAGGAGAGGGCAAACUCCCCUGGACCCAGCUGGGUGGGCUGAGCAGGCUUCAUAGUGAUGUUCAUGCUCUUUGUGUUUGUGUGUGUCCUCUGCAGACGAGAGGGGAGGUCGAAGGUUGCUCCGUCUGUAGAGCAGCAACACACCAAGUUGGAGUUCCAGCGGAUCAAGGAGAACGCACACGCUUUUCUAGACAAGGAGGUGGAGAAGCUCUGGAGGGUUCUCUUCCCAGAUCACCCACAAUGCUCAGAGAGCAAAAGGGAGGAGGAGGAGGAGGAGAAGGAGGUGGAUGGUGAAGAAGAGGAGCAGAGGAGGCGCGCCAUAGAGGGAGUGGUAGACAUCACACUGCUCUGCAUGAAGCAGUUGAAGCAGGAGGAGCUGGCUGACUCACUGUGGAGCAAAAUUAUUACUAAUGAGUGCCAAGAAAAAAUCAAGUCUCGUCUGAAGGAGAAGACCAAGUUCGGGUUUGAGGGAAUCGUUAAAGCAGGAGAGUCAAGACCUCUGAAUGACAUCUACACAGAGCUCUACAUCAAUGAGGGAGGCAGUGGAGAGGUCAACAAGGAACAUGAGGUUAGACAGAUUGAAACCACUUCCAGGAAAUCAGCCAGGGAGGAAACACCAAUCAAAUGUCAAGACAUCUUUAAACCCAUAUCUGGAAAACAAAUCAGGACAAUGAUGACAACUGGAGUGGCCGGCAUUGGUAAAACCAUCUUAACACACAAGUUCACUCUGGACUGGGCUGAAGACAAAACCAACCACGAUAUACACUUCACAUUUCCCAUUACUUUCAGAGAGCUGAAUUUACUGAAAGGUAAAAAUUUUAGCUUGGUGGAACUUCUUCAUCACUUCUUUAGUGAGAGCAAAAUAGCAAAAAUCACCAGCUACGACCGGCUCCAAGUUGUAUUCAUCUUGGAUGGUCUGGAUGAGUGUCGACUUCCUCUGGACUUCCAGAAAAACCCGAUCUGGACUGACGUCACAAAGUCCACCUCGGUAGACGUGCUGCUGACAAACCUCAUCAGGGGCAACCUUCUUCCCUCUGCUCGCAUCUGGAUAACCACCCGCCCUGCGGCAGCCAAUCAGAUCCCUGCUGAGUGUGUUGGCAAGGUGACUGAGGUGAGAGGGUUCACCGACCCACAGAAGGAGGAGUACUUCAUGAAGAGAUUCAAAGACGAGAAGUUGGCCAGCAAAAUCUUCUCCCACGUCAAGACAUCACGAAGCCUACACAUUAUGUGUCACAUCCCACUCUUCUGUUGGAUCACUGCCACAGUUUUGGAGGACUUCUUCAAAACAUCCCAGGGUGAAGAAGAGGGUCCAAAGACCAUGACUCAGAUGUACAGCCACUUCCUGAGGGUUCAGUCCAUCCAGGGGGACAGGAAGUAUCAUGGGAGAGCUGAAACAGAUCCACAUUCGAGUUCAGAGAGCAGGAAGAUCAUUGUUUCUCUCGGAAAACUGGCUUUUAACCAGCUGGAGAAAGGCAACCUGAUCUUUUAUGAGGCAGACCUGGCAGAGUGUGACAUCAAUAUUACAGCAGCCUCGGUGUACACAGGAGUGUUCACCCAGAUCUUUAAAGAGGAGUGUGGGCUGUAUCAGGACAAUGUGUUCUGCUUUGUCCAUCUGAGCAUCCAGGAGUUUUUUGCUGCCAUUUAUGUCUUCCUGUCCUUCAUCAACACUGGUGUCAAUCUGCUCUCAAAAGAAAAAAUAAACUGGUGGUCUUAUUUAUUUAGAAAUAAAUUUGAUCUCUUCUACCAGAGUGCUGUGGACAAGGCUUUAAAGAGUGAGAAUGGACACCUGGACUUGUUCCUCCGCUUCCUCCUGGGCUUCUCUCUGGAGACCAAUCAAAUUAUCCUACGAGGCCUGCUGGGACAGACAGGAAGUAGCUCACAGACCAAUCAGAAUACAGUGUCUUACAUCAAGAAGAGGAUAAGUGGAGAUCUCUCUCCAGAGCGAAGCAUCAAUCUGUUCUACUGUCUGAAUGAGCUCAACGACCGUUCUCUAGUGGAGGAGAUCCAACAGUACCUGACAUCAGGAAGACUCUCCAAAGAAUCGCUCUCCCCUGCUCAGUGGUCAGCUGUGGUCUUCAUCUUACUGUCAUCAGAAGAGGAGCUGGACGUGUUUGACCUAAAGAAAUACUCUGCUUCAGAGGAGGGUCUUCUGAGGCUGCUGCCAGUGGUCAAAGCCUCCAAAACAUCUCUGCUGAAUGGCUGUCAUCUGUCAGAGAGACACUGUGAAGCUCUGGCCUCACUUCUCAGCUCAAACUCUUCUAGUCUGAGAGAGCUGGACCUGAGUAACAAUGAUCUCCAGGAUUCAGGAGUGAAGUUGCUCUCUGCUGGACUGGAGAGUCCACAAUGUACACUGGAAACUCUCAGGUUGUCUGGCUGCCUGGUCACACACGAAGGCUGUUCUUCUCUGGCCUCAGCUCUGAGCUCCAACCCCUCCCAUCUGAGAGAGCUGGACCUGAGCUACAAUCACCCAGGAGACUCAGGAGCUGCGCUGAUCUCUGAGGCAUUGGGGGAAAGGAACUUUGGCUUUGACUCUCUGAAUGUGGAGCACGGUGAAGAGCGGAGGAUGAAACCAGCUCUAAAGAAGUAUGCCUGUGAACUCACACUGAACCCUAACACAGCCCACAGACGACUCUCUCUGUCUGAGAACAACAGAAAGGUGACGCAGGUUGAAGAGAAGCAGUCAUAUCCAAAUCACGCAGAGAGAUUUGAUUCCCAGUACCAGGUGUUGGGUAGAGAGUGUCUGAAGGACCGCUGUUACUGGGAGGUAGAGUGGGAAGGAGGUGUUUCUAUAGGAGUGACAUACAGAGGAAUCACAAGGAGAGGAGAGGGUCUUGACAGCUGGCUUGGCGGGAACAACAAGUCCUGGGUUCUUGAUUGUAAUGAGGAAGGUUACACUGCGUGGCACAAUGAUAUAGGGAAAGACAUAGAUCUCCCCCCCCCUAGCUCUAACAGAGUAGGGGUGUAUCUGGACCGGCCUGCUGGCACUCUGUCCUUCUACACAGUGUCCCUAGGUGGAGGAGGGUCCUCAGACACACUGACACACAUCCACACCUUCCAGUCCACCUUCACCCAGGACCUCCACCCUGGGUUCAGUAUCUGGACUCCUGGUUCCUUAGGGUCUCUGUGUGAGUUGUAG